GCCUCCAUACUGGACCUGCACUCUGGAGCACUGUCCAUGGGAAAACAAUUUGUCAACAUUUACAGGUAUUUUGGAGAACAAAUCAGGACCGUGUUCGAACAGGAGGACUUCAGUCUUUACAGAGACGUUCGUGGUAGAAUCCAGACCAUCAUUGCCGAGACGUUUGGUUUGGACCCCUCUCUGAUGUACCUCACUAAGCCUACCUUCUUCUCCAGAAUCAACAGUACUGAAGCCAAGACCCAGCAUGAUGAGUACUGGCACCCCCACAUUGAUAAG